AUGAUGCCCGAUAAAAAUAAAAUUCAAUUGGCUUAUUUAUAUUUCAUACCGAAACCACAUAAAACAGGUACUCCGUUACGACCCAUUGUUUCUGGUAUGAAUACACCAACAACAAAAAUAUCAAAAAUGCUUGAUAGAUUAAUUCGGCCGUUAUUUGAUCAAUACGUUAAGCAGGCAACAAUCAUAGACGGUGUUCAUCUUAUUCGUCAACUAGACAAAUGUGUUAGUCUCGGCCUUUUAAAGCCUACCACUCAUUUAUGUACAUUUGAUAUAACUGAUCUUUACACUAUGCUACCACAAGAAGAAUCAAUAGCGAUUUUGAAACAAUUUCUUAUUCGAUUCAAUCAAACGCAUACGAGAGGAAUGUCAAUUAAUACUAUAGAAAGCUUAGCUCUUAAAGGGGGUGCAAUGGGAUCACCGUUUACUCUAACCUUAGCUAAUAUAUUUAUUUGGCAUUGGGAACAGAAAUUAGUCGAAAAACAGAAAGCUUCUAAUGAAUUAUAUGGCCGAUAUAUCGAUGAUAUAUUUUUAACUUCCAACGAUUCUAUCGAAAGUCUACAUGAUAUGUUAGAAAACGCUAACAACUAUCAUUUGAAUAUUAAACUAACUCGUGAAGUAGGCAGUUGUGUUUCUUUUCUUGACGUCCAGAUCAAUAAUCAAGAUGGAAACCUGAUCACGUCAGUCUAUCAUAAAGAAGCAAGUGAACCUUAUAUUGUGCCAUUUAAAUCUGACCAUCCUCGUCAUAUAUUCGAGAAUAUUAUAACAACUUCUCUUCUUCGAGCAAUUCGUUACUUCUCAACAUUACAAACAUUUAAUCAUGAAAUACGAGCGUUAAAACUAAUGCUACUUUAUAAUAGCUUUCCAUCACGAUAUAUACGCCAUUAUUUGAAAAAAUUCUUUCAACAGUUAUCUGCUACAUCGAUUUCUAUUCUACCAAUGAUUCACGAUGAAAAUGAGUACGUCCUACUACGAACUAAACUGUUAUCGAAACCGACAGCGAGUGAACAUGCACGAGCAUCAAGAAUUGCAACAACACUUGACAACAAACGUCAAAACAUAACAGUUGACCCUUUAGUGCAUACUAAAGUAUAUAAAAGUCAAAACAGCACCGUUUUCAACUGUCCGAUCAUUAUUCAUUACACACAUGAAAACCGGUAUGCUCAUUAUAAAUCUACCAUACAUAAAGCUUGGUUCGAAUCAUUUUAUCGAACACCGAUCAUGACGACAAAACUGAUCGUUGGAUCUCGGAACAAUCCAAACCUAACCAAAGAACUAGUACGACAUAACCCAAGCAAACUCCACAACCGAUAA